GUUGCUAAGCCUUUCCAAAAGCAAUUAGAAGAUGCCGUCAAGACUAGGCUACCGAUGUUCGCUUGGGGAGUAUCUUUAGGGGGAGGUUUGGUCUGUCACUCAGCCAUGCGGAGACCCGAGAUUUUCGAUGGAGCGAUUCUAGUCAGUCCCAUGGUGAAAGUGGACGAGGCGAUAAAACCUCCGAAAAUCAUCGAGAUCACUUUCAGGAAGAUCGGUUCGUGGAUGCCCAAAGCGCCGAUUACUCCGACCAAAGACAUUCUUGAUAAAUGUUUUGUUGAUAAGACGUUUACCGAUUUUGCACGUGAGAAUAACAAGUUGCUGUACCCCAGCAAGCCUCGACUGGGAACAGCCCUCGCGGUACUUGCAGCUCAAGAUUGGAUUUGCGACCAUAUGGAGGAUCUUAAAACGCCCGUUUUGAUAUUGCACGGCAAACACGAUGAAGUCACCUCAAUGUGGAAGUUCAGAGGAACUUUUUCGACGGUGUUCCAGCGAUGA